AAUCGGAAUUCUUCAUCUCAUAGCUAAGGCAUCUUAUCUAUUCCAUCGUUUUCUUUUUAGCUUUUAUCUACUUUGCUUAAUGAUUGGUCGAAUUAAGGGGGGUUCAACAAUAUGUAUAAAAGUGGAUCACGUUGCUUUGUCACUAUGUCUUCGAGGACCCUAUACAUUACAUCUCUAAAACAUUCUCUAACGAAAAAAUUUUAGAAUUUUAGGAUUGUAAGAUUAUUCCACAACACUUUUAGAAUUUUAUUUUUACAAAAAAUGAAGUUUUUUCAAGUUUUCAUCUGCGUACAAGUUAUUUCCUACACAAUGGGAUUUUCGUUGAAUCCCUGGGCAUCAAACAACCUCCCUGAUAUACUUAAUUUCCCAGUCUUUGAAAAUAUAGAGUUGCGAGCUCCGUAUCGAAAUUGCAGUAAGGACACGUUGGGGGUGAUGAAACGCGUGGAAGUCAUCCCAUGUCCCAGUCUGGAACGUUGUCCUUUAGUUAAAUCAUCUACCGUCACGUUGAACUUGGAGUUUAUUCCAUCAUUCGCUGCUACCAAGGUUGUCGGAUCGCUAGCUGGGAUUAUCAAGCCGUACUUACCCGCUGUGUCGUUUGAUAAUCCAGAGGAUUUGUGUGCCUCGAAACAAGUAGAAUGUCCUCUGACGCCUGGAAAAUUGUAUCGCUACACUACUUCUGUUUUUAUCAAACCACAAUUCCCAAAUCUACGUCUUGACGCUAAGGUCCAAGUUUAUGGUGACAAAUAUGAGAUUGCUUGCGCAAUCAUACCUGUCGAAAUCGUAAAGCCUUCCAUGUCCACUUUGUCCGCAUGAAUUGAUUUUUUCAAAUCGCAAUGUAAUCGUGUCGUGGAAGAAGUUAUGACACCAAUUCUGUCCAUUUAUGACGAACUUGUAAGUUUUUGGCUAUUCGACAUUUACAACCAUUUAAUGAUUGAUAUUGGGAUUAAUCAGUAAUAUCUACCGGUGUAACUUUAUUACUAGUUGUACUUUAUUGAAUACUACUAUUUAUAAGACUGAAAGCAAUAAAAAUCUGUGAAACAAAGCGAGUAAAAACCA